UAUUUUUGGUCGCUGCUAAAAAUUAUUUUCUAUUUUUAACUGGAAAAUAAAGGUGUGUUGUGUACGAUAAGCACUUGCAAUCCGAUUAUUAAUUGAUUUGUUGUCGAUCACGUGCGGCAAACGCGAGGAAGACUCCUGCGAGCUGCGGAAAAUUUCCUCAAUCGAGCAAAACUUGUGACCAUAAUAAGACGUCACUGAAAAAAUUUUUUAUUUUUUUUUCACAGCUCGAUCGAUAUACUUGAAAAGAAAAAGUUUCGCAUUGAGAUUACGUGAUUUUUUACGCGGUGCAGCAUGGACGGGAAUAAAGAUGAAGCGGAGCGAUGCAUCGAAAUUGCCGUGAAAUCGUUGAGUGAGGGAAAAAUCGAAAGAGCUGAUAAAUUCUUGCGUAAAGCUGAAAGUUUAUAUCCGACACAACGAGCCAAAGAUUUGCUGGCAAAGUUGAAGGCGUCAGCGCAUACGGGUGCAGCAGAUGGCAGUAACGGCACAGAUGAGGGUGUCCAUCAACGAAAACGGGCCAAUUCCGCAAGUAGAAGUGCUAAAGCUGAAUCCGCAGAGCCCGAUUACACGAACGAUCAACUAGAAGUCGUGAAAAAAGUCAAAAAAUGUAAAGAUUACUACGAAGUUCUCGGCGUGAAGAAAGAAGCAACAGACAGUGAGAUCAAAAAAGCUUACAAAAAACUCGCGCUUCAACUGCAUCCGGAUAAAAACAAGGCGCCCGGUGCUGCGGAAGCCUUCAAAGCUGUCGGAAAUGCCGUCGCAAUUUUGACUGACGCCGAAAAACGGAAACAAUAUGACUUGUACGGGUCACAGGAGCAGCAAAAUUACACGCGACGUCACACGCACUACAACGAGUACGCCUAUUCGCGUGGAUUUGAGUCCGAUGUGACGGCAGAAGAGCUUUUCAACAUCUUCUUCGGCGGCAGUUAUCCGUCGCAGAACAUUUAUAUGCGUCAAAGACGGUUCAAUCGGCAACACGAGCACCAACAACGUGAACAGCAACCCAGUUAUGCGGCUUUCAUUAACUUGUUGCCGAUUAUUUUGCUGAUUGGAUUGUCGAUGAUGUCGUCGUUUUUCAUAUCAGAUCCUAUUUACAGUCUUUCACCUAGUCAAAAAUUUUCUGUAGCCCGAAAGACACAAAACUUCAAAAUCCCGUAUUACGUGAAGGACAAUUUCCAUUCGGAGUAUCAAGGAUCUGUUGGAAGGCUUGAAGCGUCUGUCGAGGAGGAUUAUUUGACAAAUUUGAAGCAUUCUUGUUAUCGAGAACGGAAUUACAAGGAAACAAUGUUCGCAAAAGCUCGCAACUUUGGAGACCGAGACCUGUACCACAAGGCACAAAAUAUUCAAACGCCUUCGUGCGAGACCCUGCAUCGACUACUGAAUCAAUAGUAUUAAGUGAAUCCGGUCAUUGAUCCUCUUGUUUUCGAUUUUAUUUGAAAGAACUAUGCGUUAAAAAUUAAUUGUUAUUCUCAAUCAAUGACUCACAAAA